AUGCCUCAUCCUCCACUUUUAGUCGUGUUUUCCUCCCUCGUUAUGUCUCCACCACCGCCCCUUCCUUCCCCACAGCCCCUUCCCCCUCCUCCUCCUCCUUCACCCACAGUCACUCAUGUUGAUGUCCCCGCUUCUCUGGUUAAGUCAUCCCCACCCCCUCCCUUCCCCCUACCCAUACAGUGGUUACUAGUUUGA